AUGGGUGAAUACGUUGAGCCCAGUGCAUCCCCUUGGGUGGGCGAAGAGUCAACGAAGCCACAUGAUGACUGGUCCGACUGUACGACCCUGCCAACACUUCCAGAUAUAAAACACGAGGAAAUUAUUGCUCUGGCUUGGGUCCUCCUUCUCUUUCGGGGGACAGUGCACAGUGAGGAUAGAGGCUUUUCCUGGGUGAAAGAGGGCAGUCUCCAGGGAUGUCUCAUCUCAGAUGUGAUUGAGGGGGAAGGCAGCUCGCUGAGAUCUGCUUUGGAAGCAAUCCGAAGGCGGGGUCAAUUUGACGGGGAAUUUUCGGACACACUCUUGUGUCGAAAUGCCUACGUUGAGAAUGAAUGGACGUUUGCUCUGGAAGCAAAGCUCGCGCAUGGUGUUGUGUAUGUUCGCGGAACUCCUCGGUCCCCGACAGCCACACAGCCCGUCGAAGCCAUCAUACCUCAUAUCCUCGCCGACGUCAUCCUUUCUAUCACUAGUAACCUCGAUCAAUCUGUUGCCGAGGCCGUCCGGAUUGGACUGCAAGAGCUCUCACAAUUAUGGAAGUGGAACGGGCCAAUGCCCCCAACUAUCGACCAAUGCAUCCAAGAUAUAAUCAGUGAAAAAGCUCAAAGUCAACUCGAUCGUCCCGCAGUCGUGUCUUGGGAUGGAGAGAUGACCUAUAGACAGCUAGAAGAGCGCUCAACAAACCUGGCUAGACACCUUGUUGACCUGGGACUGCAAAUUGGCAAGGCUGUUCCGCUCUGCUUUGAAAAGUCCAUGUGGACAAUUGUUGGUGUCCUAGCAGUGAUGAAAGCCGGCGGCGCAUUGGUUCUCAUGGACCCCAGCCAGCCGGAGGGACGACUGAGCACGAUCGCCAGCGAGGUUAAGGCUGGUUUUAUCUUGACCUCGGAGUCGCAGGCGGCACUAGGUGCGCGCAUUGUCCCGGGAGGAAAGCAAGUUAUUGUUGGCCCGCUGAACGACGAGGCCAAUUUCAAAUCACUCUCUGUGGACCUACCCGUGGUCCCAACGUCGUCAACCCUUUACAUCCAGUUCACUUCGGGAAGUACUGGCAAGCCAAAGGGUGUGGUCAUCUCUCACUCUAACUAUACUAGCGGUGCACUACCUCGUGCCGCAGCUGUCGGAUACAAGGAACACUCACGAGUGCUUGACUUCCCCUCGUAUGCAUUCGACGUCAGCGUCGACUGCAUGUUGUGCACUCUGGCCAACGGAGGCUGCAUCUGUGUGCCCUCAGAAGACCAGCGCGUCAACGACCUCAGUGGCGCCAUUCGUAAAUUGAAUGUGAACAUGGCACACAUGACACCGUCGGUCGCACGUGUCUUGGCACCUGAUAUCAUGCCUUCGCUGGAGGUCAUCGGCCUUGGUGGUGAGGCAAUAUCUGCUAGCGAUGCGGCCGAAUGGGGCCAGAAGACGAAAAUCGUAAUCGCAUAUGGCCCAUCGGAGUGCACUGUUGGAUGCACAAUCAAUAAUGACAUCCCUCCUGGUCGAUCGUACACUAGCAUCGGACAAGGAGUCGGAGCCACGACAUGGGUGGUGGAUCCAUCCAAUCAUGACCGAUUGAUGCCUAUCGGCACUGUGGGAGAACUUCUUAUCGAAGGCCCCGUGGUCGGCGAUGGAUAUCUCAAUAAUCCAGAGAAAACCGCCGAGGUUUUCAUCGAGGACCCAGCAUGGCUGGUUGAGGGUCGGGGAGAUGUACCAGGUCGCAAGGGCCGUCUUUACAAGACAGGUGACCUGGUAAGAUAUGAUCCCGAUGCCUCAGGCAGUGUUGUUUUCAUCGGCCGUGCCGAUCAACAGGUGAAGCUACGCGGUCAGCGCGUGGAACUGGGCGAAAUCGAGCACCACGUCCGGAAUUAUUUCCCCGCUGGAGCAAGCGUUGCAGCGGAAGUGAUCUUCCCUGGAGGAAAGAAAGCCGAUGCCACCCUGAUUGUAUUUGUGGCGGAGGAAAAGAGUGAAAAGACGGGCACGAUCAGCGAGAUUACCUCAUUUUCGAGUCCAUUCCAAGAGCUGAUCGCUGGUAUUGACGAUGUUCUUGCGACAAAUCUGCCCCGGUAUAUGAUCCCCACCGCAUAUAUACCACUCAAUCAGAUGCCACUUCUGGUAUCGCUUAAGACAGACCGGAAGCAGCUGCGGGCUCUCGGGAAUGACUUGACAAGGCGACAUAUUGCAGAGUUUAGAUUGUCCACCGUUGUCAAAAUAGCACCUCGGACAGAGAUGGAGCGCAGGCUUCACGGCCUAUGGUUGAAGCUAUUUGGAGAUGAGACAGAGAUCGGGGUCAAUGACCACUUCUUCAGCCUCGGGGGUGACUCGUUGAAAGCGAUGAGGUUGGUAGCUGCCGCACGAGAGCAGUCCCUUGCUAUUCAAGUCACUGAUAUUUUCCAAUCACCCGUUCUUGAGAACCUGGCCCUCAAAGUGAAAGAGGCCGAGAACAAAUGUCCACUGGAUGUUCCCCCAUUUUCGCUGCUCCCAGCAAGCUGGGAGGCCGACGCUGCACGUGUCGAAGCGGCUUCGUUGUGCAACUUGAGUCCUAGCGAGGUGGCUGAUGUGUACCCCUGCACACCUCUCCAAGAAGCACUUAUGGCCCUCUCCGCCAAGUAUACAGAUGCCUAUGUCGCGCAGAGAGUCAUUGAGCUCCAGGAUAUUCAAACCGCCAAGCGACUACAAUCUGCUUUUGAGCGUGUCUCAGCAGAAUGUGCAAUUCUACGAACAAGAAUUGCCCAAGUUCCACGCCGGGGUUUGAUGCAGAUCGUCGUACAGACCAACACUCCAUGGCUGAACAGCUCCAACCUGGCAGAGUAUCUGAGUAGCGAUACACUCAAGGGCAUGUCUCUGGGAACUGAGCUUGCUCGUUUCGCUAUUGUGGACGAUGAGCCGACCAGCAGAACCUACAUCGUCCUGAGCAUUCACCAUGCACUUUACGAUGGCUGGUCAAUGCCUUUGGUAGUUGACCGAGUGAAUCGCGCCUAUCGCGGUGAGAGUAUCGGCAACCCAGCACCGUUCAAGAACUUCAUCAAGUGGCUUAGUGAAACCGACCGAGCCUCCACGGAGAAAUAUUGGGAAACUCAACUCGAGGGCGCUACAUCGCUACAAUUCCCUCCCAUUCCAUACACUGGGUAUCAAGCGCGUGCCGAUUCUCUACUAGAACAUUACGUCCAGCUGCCCCGGGCUUCAUCGAGCUCCACGACGAGCAUUGCAACCGCUAUUCGAGGUGCUUGGGGUCUUUUAGCCGCGCAUUACACGUCCUCUGAUGACAUCGUGUUUGGAGAGACUAUGACCGGCCGUACAGCUCCAGUGGCAGCUGUGGAGGAGAUCGAGGGCCCGAUGAUCACAACUGUUCCGGUUCGGGUUUGCAUCGAUCGCAAGGCUCGCGCAUCAAGCUACCUUCAGCAGAUCCAUGAUCAAACGGUCGAUCGCAUUCCUCACGAACACAUGGGUCUGCAGCACAUUCGACGUUUGAACGCCGAUGCUCGAGAGGCGUGUGAAUUGCGCACAGGCAUUGUAAUUCAUCCGACCAUCGAGGAAGUCGAGGCCUCUUCGAAAGAAGAGCCAGCCACCGCAUUUGUUCCAACCAGCGAGGCAGAAGCCGCCCGUGAAGCGUUAAAAUUCAAUUCAUACGCCCUCAUGCUCGUCUUCACCGUUGAUACAAAGGGCUUCCUUGUCAUGGCCAGCUUCGAUUCGAAGACCAUCGAUGUCCCGCAGAUGGAGCAAGCGCUUAAACAAUUUGAUCGCCUGGUGCAGCAGAUUCUUGAGGAACCAACCCAGCGAAUCCAGCACAUCUAUGAUUCCAUGAUUGAGACGGAUGUUACAGAACAAUGCCGUCUGUCCAAGAUUGGUCCGGCGAGCCUCCCUACUGAGGAGCUUUACUCGGCUGUCACAUCUACUUGGAUCGUUAACCCAAAUCACCAUGAGUGUCUUGUACCACCUGGUGGUGUUGGUGAGCUGCUUGUUGAAAGCGAAAGUGAACGGGCUUCCGGCAGUCCAGUGGCCAAUCCAACCUGGUGCAAGCAUCCAACGAAGCUGUACACGACAAACCAACUGGCAAAAUAUACCAGUGAUGGCUCCGUUAUUAUUAUUCGCGCAAAGGACGCGCAGAUCGGUCAACUCAAAACCCGGAAUAGAAAGCUCAACGGUGGUGCAGCCAUAACCACGGUCACGCAGCAAAAGCUCCAACGGGUCUGGAGCCAGGUCUUGGAUAUUCCUUGCGAGGAUAUCCUUUUGGAUGACAGCUUCUUCGAUUUGGGAGGCGACUCCAUUCGUGCUAUGAAGUUGGUCUCGGAGGCUCGUACGGAUGGCCUUCAGCUAACUGUAACCACGAUCUUCGAUCACCGGUCUCUGUUUGACAUGGCCGAACACGCAGUGGAGGCUCAGCCAGCAGCCGCGACUUCUCAGGAUUACGCACCAUUCAGCUCACUCAAUGUGACCGAUGUAGAUGCGUUCAUCAACAAGAUGACCCCAUUGCUUGUUCAGCCUGAGUUGAAGAUCGUGGAUGCCUAUCCAAGUCGCCCGCUUCAGGAAAUAGCAGUCCAAGGAACUGUCCAACUGCCUCGGUAUUCUAUGCGAUACGAACUUUUCUACAUGGAUACCGUGGUGGAUCGCACUAAGCUGUUCCAGAGUUGCCAGGAACUUGUGUCUCGGAAUGAGAUCCUUCGAACUGUGUUCGUGGAGCAUGAGGGGGUCUCAUUGGGAGUGGUUGUCGAUGACCUUCCCUGCCAGAUAGUCGAAUAUGAGAUUGAAAGUGAUGUGGAAGCAUUCAGCCAGAAACUCUGCGAUGUCGAUGUUCAGUCACGCAUUCCUCUCGGAUCACACUUUUUGAAGUUCCUCUUCGUUCGGCAUGUUGACGGGCCCAGCAGCCUGAUCAUGCGCAUCUCCCAUGCCCAAUACGAUGAGAUCUGUCUGCCGAUUUUGCUACAGCAGCUAUCGGCAUUGUAUGAGGGACGAACAGUGCCGAAGAGUUUGCCAUUCUCGUCAUACGUCGGCCAUGUAACUCGCACUAAUCUGCCAGUCAGCAUUCCGUACUGGCGUGAUCUCCUUCAAGGGUCAUCUAUGACACGGAUCCAGCCCGAUAUCCCUGUGGUAUCUGCUGCUCACUUCGCCAUCUCCAAGGAUGUGAAUAUCGCUGCGCGACCGCGGGAAAUCACAGUCGCAACCCUCCCUACGGCGGCUUGGGCGCUGUGCCUUGCGCGACGCCUCUCCCUUGAUGAUGUCACUUUCGGCGAGGUGGUGAGUGGCCGCAACAUUGACCUCCCGAACGCCGACGCGAUUGUUGGACCUUCGUGGCAGUAUGUACCGGUGCGGGUGAAGUUUGGGGAUAAAUGGAGUGCCAUGGAUCUUUUGCAGUUUGUCCAGCGACAACAUCUUGAGAGCGCGCAGUUCGAAGGAAUCGGUCUUAAGGAAAUUGUCAAGGACUGCACCGACUGGCCGGAGACUGUUGACUGGUUUGAUUCGGUCGUGCACCAGGACGUUGAGCAUGUUGAGGAUCUGUCUUUCAUGGCGGCCAGCAGUCGUAUGCAGACCAUCUACCCGCAUUUCGAGCCAUUGCGGGAGAUCAAGGUGCAGGCAUUCCCGAAGGGGGAUACUAUGUGCAUCGAAAUUGUCACUGUCGAGUCGUGGUCGGACUUUGCUGUGUCUUUGUUGAAUGAGAUGAUCGACACUGUUGGGCAGUUGGUGAAUCAGGUCGAUUCCAGGAUUUUAUAG